GGAUCUCCAAGCUCCACCAUAAGCAACUCCUCACGUGGACAGAGCCGCUUACCUCCAUUCUCUACAACUCUGGCCCGAUCAUACUCAAACCCGUCUGACCCAGAGCAAGGGAGCCCACUCUCAAUGGCUACUGGGCGCAAAGAUGCUUCCCCGAUUCCUGGCCUAGACUCUCUUGCCAACAAGUUCCACAGCAGUCCAAGAUUUCUACCUCCUAACCGCAGAGCUAACUCCAUGAAUUCCAUGAACCCUAUGGGAUCAAUGAGACAUGGAGGUCCCAGCUCAGAGCACGUUCGAUCUAUUGCAGAUUCAACUAGUAACCUCUCUGAGUUUUUCUCUACUCUCCAA